AUGGCGUCGUAUCGCGCGCGCGGGCGGCACACCGGUGCGCGCGCGUCGGGGGCGCGCGCGCGGAUGGAUCGCGAACGCGGUGCGCGCGUUGACGCGGGCGAGAAGACGCGGCGGGCGACGCGCGAGGGGCGAACGUACGAUGUGGUGAUUUACGGCGCGAGUGGAUUCACGGGCGCGCUCGCGGUGCGCUACGCCCGCGCGCGACGCGCACGGGGGGGCGCGGAGCGCGUGGCGUUGGCGGGACGGAACUCGGCGCGCGUGCGCGCGGUGGCGGCGCGCGAGGGGGGUGGGGUGUUCGACGUCGUCGACGCGUCCACGGCGGCGGCGCGCGAGGCGAUGUGCGCGAGCGCGUCGUGCGUGUUGUCCUUCGCGGGACCGUUCGACGCGGACGAUGAGACGCCGUUGCGAUUGGCGGAGGCGUGCGCGAGAAAUGGGACGGAUUACUGCGAUAUCACGGGCGAGGCGCGGUUCGCGCGACGCGUGGCGGAGGCGUGUCACGAGACGUGCGUCGCGAACGGGUGCGUGAGCGUGUCGUGCUGUGGGUACGAUAGCGUGCCGUGGGAUCUGGGGGCGAGUCAGGCGGCGGCGGCGGUGCGAGCGAGCGUUCGAGGGGCGACGUGUACGCUGGCGAGCGGACACGCGGGACGGGCGAGAGGCGGCGUCUCGGGCGGGACGAUUGCGUCCGCGGCGAACCUUUUGAGCAAGCCGAAGAAAGAGACGCGCGGAAUGGGGAAUCCGCAUUAUCUCGCGAAUGCCCCGGGCGGAUGGCCGGCGAGACCGGACGUCGAGGCGCUCAAGCGCUGGCCGUCGCCGCAGAGCACGUACAAGUACGACGAGGACACGAAAUCGUGGACCAUGCCGUCAAUCAUGGCGGGAAUCAACACCAAGGUCGUCGCGCGUUCGUAUUCGCUCGAUCCCGAACGGUACGGUGAAAAGUUUGUGUACGACGAGAGCGACCUGUGCAAAUCGAAGAGACACGCGAUUCUCGGCACCGCGGGGCUCGGUCUGUUCGGCGUCGCCUUCGUCACCGCGCCGCUUCGAUGGUUGAUGCGCAAGACGAUUUUGCCGAAGCAAGGCGAUGGGCCGAGCGAGGAAUUACGCGAAAACGGAUACUCUCACGUGUACGUCGUCGCCAAGGGCGAGGCGAACGGGAAACCGGUCGAGCCGUGGUGCGCGGAGUUUGAAUUCAAGAACGCAGAUCCCGGUUAUAAGGGCACGGCUGCGCUCGCAUACGAAGUCGCGCUCUGCUUCGCCAUCCCGAGUGAGCGCGCGCGUUUGAACUGGCCCGAAGGCGGCGGAUGUCUCACGCCUAGCGUUGCGUGCGGCGAUGUCUUGGUCGAACGAUUACAGAAGUCCGAAAAUUUCAAUUUUCGCGUCAAGCCGUUGAAGGAUACAAUUUUUUUGGUUUAG